GGAAAAAAACCCCAAUUCUGCGUCACAGCAAGCACUAGAACGUGUGCCUGGAAUUCUAAUCGUCGCAAGUGCAACUCAGCUUUUACUUGCUAUCGCCGAGAUCAAAUUGACUUUUUCCAGAGGGGUUGCUCCUUGAUGCGGGAAUCUUACUUCAUUUACUCAGUGCGCUCUUCUGGCGUAAGGGCGUAUCUUACUUUCCACACUAGCCCCGGAAGGCACCUCAUUGACAGCAUAUAGGAGAGCAUCGAGAGCUCACGCUUCGCGUCAUCGCUACUUCAAUUUUUCAGAUGCAGCACGGACGUCCAUCAAAUGACUUUGGCGGCGAUUCGAUUUACUAUUGCCGCAUUACUGAGCUUCAAUUUGUUCGUCAAUGCAUACAAGUAUAUUGAGAUGGCCAGCCCCGUGACCACUGUCGAGCAACACGAGGCCGGGCAAGUAACCCUGUACCAAUGCACGCUCACUGCGGGAAUCACACAAAGACAAACUUUGUUCUUCUACCUCUGCGAUACCUUGGCCUCAGAGAUUGAUAAAAAUGUUGUGUAUGCGAGCGUCAACUUUUACAGGACGUGGGCCCCUAAGUAUAUUAUACCUGAUGCAAGGAUUAUUAUCGACGGUCUUUUCCAAUUGGGGCCGAACUUGCCCCAUUUGACGGUUGGGGAUGAAUUUCCCAGGCCUAUGGGACCAACAAAGGGGUCGAUUUUUGAGAUGUUCGCGCACACAAAUGAUCUUGAACGACUGAAAUCGUUACUCACCAAACAUCUGACUCCAUACUUUCCACAAGGUAUGGAUGUCCCAACGAGGGAUAUGUUGAUAUCCAAGACGCUCAAUUAUUACGGAUUGAAUGACAUGAAGGCGUUCACUGACACACCGGAUGUAGCAAAGGACUAUAUGGAAGGCUUCGUUACUGUUUUGAAAUAUAUUUUGCAAGCUACGGUCAACGCCAAAUCAAAUCACAGGAGAAGACUUCCAAAACUCCUCCGAUUUGGAUCGAUUGGACGAAAAAAACCACAGCCGACUGAAAAAAGAAACGGUGAAGGAACGACUGAUGCGGUGAGAAAUUCUCAGAAUUUGCAGGAUGCUACAUUUAUCCUCGUGCAGAAAAUGUUUGAUCCAUGUGUUGUGCUGAACUUCGUGCCCAGGUCCAAAGACGCAACAAAAAUCAAUGAGUACUGCAACAUCUACUGUAAAUUCCUCGGUUUGGUGGCCAGGACGUCUUCUCUGCAGGACCCGCCCGAGUGCGUCGAUUUGCAACGUGGUGCGUGCAACAGAAACAAACUCUGCAUUUGCCGACGCAAGAGACCUGCAUUAUUAGAAAAAGCCAUGAAAUGGAAGCCGGAUCCUCGGACGAAGAUGCUUUUUUGUAACAACAAAAUUCGUCUUAAGGCGUUACUCGAUCCCCCAAAACUUUAAACCCCUAAAACUGCUCUAAAACUUCAUCUUAAGAAAAAUGGAUAGCACCGAGCAAGCCAUUCUCAUGGGAAGGUAUGGAUUCGUUCGACAUAAAUCGAUGGAAAAAUGAAAACGUGAAUUGAUGGACACCGAUUCGAUCGACAAAUUAUUAAAAAACCGGUGUCGAUUCGAGCAACUUGACUCGAUCUAAAAACAAA